AUGAUACUCACCAAGUAUUUGGCGACCAAUGAAAAGCAACAAAAAACAAUUAAAAACACGAAUUGUGGUGAUGUGUUGGGGCGGUUCGGGGCGACGACCGACCAUCGGAUACCGGAUUGGGUCAGCGGUGGUCACGUCUUCGGGCGGAUCGCUGCAGACAUAGCAACACAGGACCAGAAUUGUGAUCAUCAAACUCGUGGCUCCGGCGACCAAAAAUAUAAUUGA